AUGUCAGGAUCAUUCAUAGCUCUCAUCCCGAAGACUGAGAAUCCACAAGGAUUGGAGGAGUAUCAACCAAUUUGCCUCAUUGGGAGCAUUUAUAAAAUUAUCUCAAAGUUACUAGCUAGAAGAUUGAGGAAGGUCAUAGACAAGUUAAUCUCAAAAUCCCAAACAACAUUUGUUUCGGGUAGACAAAUUCUAGACGGUGUGUUGGUAACUAACGAGAUUAUAGACCUGGCUAAAAGGAAGAAGAAAAGCUAUCUACUGUUCAAAGAUGAAACAAUACUAGUGAGAGACGAGACAUGGAGUAACUUAUGGGCAAUCAAAGUAAUCUUGAGAGGAUUUGAAAUGGAGUCAGGGUUGAGGGUGAAUAUGUGGAAGAGAAAAUUGUGUGGGAUUUGGGUUGAUAACUUUUUCCUCCAGGCAGCAAGUCAGUUUUUGUGUCGUAGGUUAGAUAGUAUCACGUUCAAGUUUCUUGGAAUAAUAGUAGGAGGGAACCCUCAAAGAGCAAAAUUCCGGAAUCACAUUAUAGCUAGUAUGAGGGCUAGACUGUCACCUUGGAUUGGGAGAAUACUAUCAAUAGGCGGUAGAGUCGCUCUUAUCAAAUCAGUUUUAUCAAAUCUUCCGAUCUAUUAUUUAUCUUUCUUCAAACUUCCUAAAAAGGUAGUUGGAAAUAAGGAUAUGAGUGUUCAGGAGAUGGGGUGGUGGGCGGAGAACGUGUGGAAUGGGAAGCUUGAUAACUUCAAUUCUGUACUCAAUGAGGCGGUCGCGAUAGAGUUAGAAGAGCUUUGA